CUUUUACAUACACAUACAUGUGUACCUUGAUGUGAGCAUCUUGUAACUAAGUAUUUACCACAACUGAAGUAUCUAUUUUUUUUUUGGAAGUUGAAAUAUUUUUUUCUUAAUGUUUUUUUCACUACCGACCAAAUUGUAGUGAAAUGAUUUGUCUUAAUAAUUUUCUUUUCUUUUUCUUGAACUAUUUUCCGUUUACAAACUAUGAUAUGAAACCAUUGGUUCGACAUGACGACUAUCUAAAAUUCAUAACAUGAAAAUAAACAAAUAAUAGUAAUUUUUUGGUUUUUACCAAAACAAAAACUAAAAAAUCAAACAUUCUAACCGAAUAAACCAAAAUAAAUAUUAAUUUAAAAUAAUAGUUAUAUUUUAGGAGAUUAAAAACCAAAAGAAUAACUUAAAACCGAACCGCUAUCCAGGUUAAACAGAUUUAAUGUGUUUUUAUUAAAAAUAAUGAAACUAAUAAUCACAUUCCGCGCAAAGCGCAGGUUAUUACUUUAGUUUACUUUCUGUUUAAGAAGUAUGCAAAUAAACUAAAACCCUAACACUGAAAACCUAGGUAAACUUUUUAUUUAUUUCUUACCAAAAACAAAUUUUUGGUUUGUUUGUUUUAACUUCAGUAACGAUAAGAUGAAACUGAUACCAUUUGUCCUCCUAUUUCUUGUAUCAUUCGUUAAAAUUCUUGAAAGGAAAAUAUAACAGAGUUCCAUUAAUCUCUCUGUCGAUUGUUUUUCUCAUUGUAACUAACCAUUUAUUCAUCCUAUAAUUAGUGUAUAAAAAUUCAGAAUGAAAGUAUAUAUAACUCUCCAAGAUCUCAAAUCAAAAACACACUUCUGUCUUUUCUGUCUCUUUUAGCCUUUUAGCAAUACAGCCAUGGCAAGGAUCUCUCUGUUGUUAUCUUUAGCCUUCACUCUCUCCCUUGGAUUAUUGUUCCUUUCCGUUUCCAGUCACACACCUCCGGUACCAUUAUCUCCAAAAAAUGUAUCCGAACUCCAAACGUUACCCUUUGCCAAAAUCACUGAGAUCUUAAACCAUAAAGAAAAGUUUUCCCCAAAAACCGCCAAAAUUAAGGCAAUGUUCACAAUGUGCAAAGGCUAUGUUGAGUACCUUGGGAGCCUCUACAAAUCUGAGAAUCCCAUCGUAGAUGUUUUAGGUAUUGCCAAGACAAAAUAUGCCCUAACAACCAAAGCGAUUCUUGCGGUGCAAGCUAGUAUUAUCGGUAAAGUCGACAAGAAAACUUCCUUGAAGCUAAUGAAAAGCUGUGCUGGUUUUACAAAAGGGCUUCUUCAUGUGCAAAAGGCGAUCCUAAAGAUCUCAGCCAAACAUAAUUACAAGGCUGAUGCUAACAUCAACUUUCGCGAAUCGAAAAAGAUCGGUGAUGCUAUGCUAUAUUUCAGAAAUUCGAUCAAUGAUUUCAUGGAUGUAGUUAACGAUUUUGAGGAGAAGAAGAUGAAGAAAGUUGUUCAACAUGCAAGAGCACUUGAUGGAAGAGCAAUUUAUCACGGAAGAGAAGUAACCGAAGAACAAGCAGAGAACAAAACCACUGAAAAAGUCAACGGUUCGGACCAAAGUAAGUAUGACAAGUAUUCCCAGUUCUUUGGUUCUUUUUUCGAAGGUAAGCAACACGGAAGAGAGUUAACCGAAGCUCAGGCCGAUGGAAAAUUCAACAAUUUGUAUGAGGAGUUUGCUAAAUAUAUGCCUUACCUCGGAGAUAAAGCUCACAAAAGAAAACUACUAGAAGAUCAAGCAGGAGUCAAUGCCGGAGCUCAGGGCAGUGGAGAAUUUAAAGGUUCAUUCGAAUAUUUCUUCAACUUCAUUGGUAGUCAAAAAUUUCAAAGGGAUUCCGCUGGGAAGAUGAAAGUCGCCGGAAAGAUGGAUUCAGGUCACUGAACCGGGCACAUUAUAAACUAUUUGUUUCGAGGAGGCAUAAUAUCAUCACAACAUAUGAAGGAAGCACGGAGUUCAUCUAUAUUUAAUUUUUUGUACUCCUAUAUUAACAACAUGAGAGAAGGAAAGUUGCUGUAAAAUAUUUAUCUAAUAUGAAACUAAAUUAAAUUUGCAUCAAUAUUCUGAAUCAUACUCUUUUAUGAUUAAGUGAAAAUGUUAUGAUUUGGUUGGUUGAAAAAUGUGAAUUGGCAAAGUUGACGUGUACUGAUGAUUUAAAUGUGACGUAAAAGUCUAUUCAGCCUUAAGGACUUGCUUACAUGGCCUUAAUAGUAUGAUUUAGGGAUGGACAAUCGGGCUCCCAAUAGGAUUUUGGUUUAAAUUUAUUCAGGUUUCGGGUUUUUUGGUUUUUGAAUUUCAAUCCCAUUCGGAUAUUGUAAACGUCCGGUCGAAUUCAAUUUGGGUUUAGUCAGAUUCGGUUUAGGUUAGUUACAUGUCCAAAAUCCGGUUGAACCCGAAAUAGUUUUGGUUUCGAAUAUUAAUUAGGUUAUCGGUUCCAAAAAUAUCGAUUUGUACUUUAUUAAACUCUAUAUAUUUUCAGUAUUUUAAAUAAAUUUGUGUGCGUAGUUUACUCAAACCAUAUUGUUAUCCCGAUUUGAAUAUUGUUUAAGGUUUAUUUUAACUGAACUUGUAUGGGAGUUUUGGAGAGUUAUUAAAAUUUCAAACCAUAUUGUUAUCCUUGAAGUAAGAUUUGAAUAUUCUUACUGAUGGAAUAUUGCCUGAGAAAUUUGACAUGAAUUUUUUUUAGGAAUUAGUAGCAAGAGAUGGAAUUAUAUUUGACUUAUUUAAAGUUGGAUAUUUAUCAAACUGAGGACAAACCAGUUAAACUUGUGGUUUUGAUAGCCAAACGAAAC